CCAAACCCUCCUCAAAAACCCUUUCACUCGAUUUCAUAGCGGUAUCAUUUUCUUCAUCAGUUCAACCCAAAUGGCUCAUCGUCUGAUUCGAGGAUUACGAGGAGCAGUGAAAAAUGUUGCCGUCUGUCAACAAUCCAAACCCACAAACCAUUUUCUCAAAGCCUUUGCUAGGAAUUACGUGCCGGAUUUGCGAAAUUCAGCUUUCGAAAACAACAUUCUACGGCUUAUACGAAGCGAAAUCCAAUACGAGCUCGACCGUUCUCCUUCUUCUGAGUCUAUACCAAAAUUCAAUUCGUUCACGGUGGACGAGAGGCCUGGGGAGCAGUGGAUUCGGUUGACCAGAAAAUUUGGAGGAAAAGAAGAGAUUAAAGUCGAGGUCACUAUGUUCGAUGACUCACUUCCCACGAAAAAGGAUGACGACUCAGAUGAUGUCACGCUCCACAUCACUUUGAUCAUCGACAUCUUCAAGGGGGAAGAAACUAACGUCUUGGAGUUUGUUUGCUCCGCCUGGCCUGACAGCAUCGAGAUUCGCAAUGUAUUUACGCGCGGGCAUGACCAGAUUAAUGAUCAGCCUUACGUGGGUCCCGCAUUCAAGGAAUUGGACGAUGAGCUGCAAGAUUGCCUCUAUAGUUUUCUGGAGGCGAGGGGUAUAGACGAAAAGCUGGCUGAAUUUCUGCAUCGGCACAUGAGGUACAAGGAUAAGAUCGAGUACCUACGUUGGAUGGAGAACGUCAAGUCUUUUAUUCAGAAGAAAUAGAGGAAAAAACAAAAAAAACGAGGUCUUGUGAUAUUUAAACUAACCCUUGUUUUUUGUCUUUCUUCGUGGUAUGCCACAAAUUCGUUAUCCUUAUGCUUCGUGAGACGCAUUGUAAACCCAGGUGGAACUAAGCUAAGGAAUGAAAUAUCACCAAAGAUUCUUGCUUGGCGAUUGUUUAGUAUUUUAUUUCCCUUUAUUAAUGUUGGAGAAUUAUAAAUGCUUUCCAUUUGACUGUAUUUUCACCUAAUUGUCUAUGUUGUGUGCUCAGUAUAUGUUGUAGCAGCACCUCAUGGAUAGAAAUUGAAUAACAUAUACUAAACUAUAAUUAGAGUGUGGGAUUUGAACUGG